AUGACCACUCCCAGCUGCCUGCGGCUCUCUGGCCCUUUAAAGGAGACAAGGAGUUCCCAGAGGCACCUCUGGUUGUUUCUGGCCCUGCGACUGUCCACAGCACCCCCAGGGGGCAGCGGGGUGCUCCAGGUCCCCAGGAGAGGGCAGGAUGGGCCUCAGGGUGCCACCUGCAGAGCUCCCUCCUUCCGGGUCUACCCCCUGCACCGCCCACCCCUUUCUCCCCUUGCCGCUGCUCCAGGCACAGCCCGCUACUUACAUGUCGAGAACGAAAUUCGCUUGACUCUCACGAGCACCUUCUCAGUGCUCACGAAGAGGCAAAGUGGCAAGCUCAAGGCGCUUGCCCACAGCUGCCUCUCCCCUCCCUUAGCUGCUAUUAUUACAAGGUCUCCGAGCCCCUCGGUCCGCCGGGGCGAGUCAGGCGUGCAGCUGUCGCGGAGCAAGGAGCUAAGGAGCGACCCGGGCAGAACGGGAAGGGAAAGGGCUCUGCCGCCAGCGGCCUCACGCCUUCGGCAAAGAGACCCCGAGAGUGAAACCCCCGCCCCGGACCCGGAGGCUCGCGAGACCGCGGAACCACCGCCGCCGGCCCAGCCCGGCCCAGCAGGGGCCCGCCCGGGGCCGCUCCCCGCGGGAGGCAGCCGGUCACCCGCCCGCCCUUCCGGGCCGCUCCCGAGGAGACGGUCUCCCGCCCGCCUCACACCCGGACCCCCAGGCCAGGCCCCGGGGCUUCGUCCGCCUCUCACCGUUGACGCCGCGGUCAUUGGCCAUAACCUGUCACAUGGCCUGACUAGUUCCAAAGUGACUUGGAAGUGUGAACUUCAGUCUGUCUGGAAAGAGGAAAAUAGGACCUUGAGCCCUGUCCUGGUUUUCCAGUGCAGCUCCCGCCACGUGAUUUGUUUGGAUUGUUUCCACUUAUACUGUGUGACGAGACUCAAUGAUCGGCAGUUUGUCCUUGACCCUCAGCUUGGUUACUCCCUAUCUUGUGUGGGAACCACACUCAAUCAAGGAACUUCAUCAUCAGGAGUGACUGGUGCAGAGACAGGAACCAGAAAAAGAGCUGUGGGACAGAACUGA